AAUGAAAUAAAAAGUUUUCGUUCGAAUGUGAAUUAUGAUGUCCAGGAUGGUCAUGAUGAAGUUUACAAUGUUUUUUUUACAACUUUUACCAUCGAUUGUUGUUCUGAUCAAAGCUGCCGAUAUUAAUAUUGAUCAAAAUCAAAAUCAUUCAUCACCAUCAUCAUCAUCGAUAUUGAAUAUCACAAAUAUCAUGAAUGAUAGUAUGACAACAAUCCAAAAUGGUCAUAAUAUGACAAAUCAAACAAUUUUUCCAACUUAUUCUCGAUUGAUAUAUCAAAAUCCGAAUCCGGACAAGUUUGUUUAUCCAUUGUUAAAUGUAACAUGUUUCGAGGAACGUGAUAGUAUUAUUGGCGUUAAAGAAGGUCGUGCCGAUAUUCUGAAAUGUUGUAGUCAGGAAUUAAUGUGUGUAUGUUUUAAACGCCAUUGUGAAAAUGAUAUGAACUAUAAGGGUGGAAAAUUUUGUAAAUUUUUGGACACUCACCAAUGUCAUAUGACACUUGAUUGUCAGGAUUUAGGAAUCACAUAUGAAAAAUGUAUGGCACUGCCAAAUGUGAAUCGAUGGUUACUACUCGUAUUGAUCGUAUUGGGUGCAGCGGUUGCUUUUUCAAUACUGGUAUUGAUUUGUAUGAUUGCCUAUAAAAAAUUCAAAGCAUACAAUAAAGUAAAAAAACAUGGUGGUGGAUCACAACCAACACAUCUACGAAUGGCAUUAGCACCACGUCCAAAUGUAACAAGUCAUGUAAUGUAUACGGGAGCAUCAUCACAACAACCAUCAUCAUCAUCAUCAUCCUCAGCAGCAGCAUCAUCAGCAGCAGCAUCACAACAGGCAAGUCGAAAUUCAAAAAAUUCAUCUGUACGUGUUUGUUCCGGUGGUGGGGGGGUUGGUCAUGGCAAAUCAUCAUCAGCAUCCUCAUCAUCAUCAACAAACUAUAAUCGUGGUUCCUCGAAUAAACCAUCGACAUCAUUAUCAUCGAAUCGUGGUGGUGGUGGUGGUGGUAGCAGUGGUAGUGUAUCAUCAGCAUCAAAACAAAAUUCAAAUUAUGGACAUAAAUUUAGUAAAGCUUCAAGCAAACCAACAAGAAGUUUUCUUCAAAGAGCUGUAUCAUAGAGCCAAAAAAAGAAGAGAUUAUCUGUUUCAAAAAAAUUCCAGAUACAAAUUGUUUUGAUUUUGUGAAAAAAGAGAGAGA